CCUUUAAAAAGAUGACCUACAAGAGAGAAUUAAUUUAGUUAUAGGUGACCCUAUGAGUAUCGGUGACCAAGCCAGCAAGUCCAUUGAAGAGCAAAACAAGUAUUUGUAUAACUAUAUACAUAAACUGGAGUUUCUGAUCAAGCAAUCGCAACAGGAAAGGGCUGACUCUGCAUUAAAUUUUAAAAGAGUAAUCGGCCAUCUUGUUCUUGAAGCCACUAAGAGUAAUAUCGAACCCCAAGUAACAUUUCAUGAACUCAAAAGGAUACUAGCCAAAGAAUAUGAGGAUGGCAAUGUCUACCUAGACAGAGAGAAAUUGGAGGAGAAUCCGGACAAGAGAGACUUUGUUCUUGAAGCAUUAGCAGCAGGUUCUAAACCAUUUAAUAAUUAUGAAUCUGGAUAUGUGCCUACCCAUGGUAUUAGGACAAAGACCUCCCUCGAACCAAAGAUGCUUCAGUGGUCUUCCACUAAGAGAACAGAUAUAGAAGCAGACCUAUAUGGAUCAGAGAGACUCAAAGUAGAGAGAGUGAGGAGAUUAUGAAAUACUUCGAGAAUGAACGGAGGUUCAAAUGCUGAUGACAAAAGAUCCAAUGGUAAUAUCACCGACACACCUUCAGACAUUGGUAUGAAUAAUGAUAAAAGUCUCAAUAAAAUUCUAGAAGAGACUAACCAGGCUAAUAAACUGAUUGAACACCACUCUAAAUAACUUGGCAACAUUUUUCAGAAAGACACAGAAAAAGAAGAGGGAACUGAAACAAGCCCAAAAAUUAAGAGAAGAAAAGGAGCCAAAGAUAAAUUAUAAACCUCCUAUAGCUAUCUUGGACAGUGAAGCUUUCCAUAACCUAAGAAUUGGUAAACUCCCCACUAAGGAGAGCUCCAAAGUUGUCGAUUCUAACACAGGUUCUUCAAGUCUCAGCCAGGCUGACUCUAAUAGUCUGAAUAGACAAUACUACCAAGUCCAGGCUCCAGAGAGGGCUCAGAUUACUCCAAUUUUACCAAAAAUCUCAAUCUCAGAGUUCAAACCAGCUGCUGCUUGCGAUCAGAGCUUCAACCCUCAGCUAAGCUAUCCUAAGUUCAGAGAGGAGGCUGUGAUCAACUCCUCAAAUAAAUAAAUCAAUUCUUCCACUUG